AACGUGCAGCGGCCAUCAUUGAAUCGGGCGGUGUUUCCGUUUGCGGAAGUUAGUUCCUUCCACUUCAGUGUUUCCGGCUUCAAAAUGGUCGCCUCAGCGAUUUAGUGAGACGGUGCACAUUUUUCCAUCCCCAUCGGGUUGUUGUUGUGUUUUGCUUUGUUUGUUUUUUUUUAACCUGGAUGUGACGCAUUAAAGGACCCGACGGAAAUAUAGCUGUAGGCUUUCUAAGAUGGCGAACCGUACGGUGAAGGAUGCACACAGCAUCCACGGCACCAACCCUCAAUAUCUAGUGGAGAAGAUCAUUCGGACGCGCAUCUAUGAGUCCAAGUACUGGAAAGAGGAAUGCUUUGGACUUACAGCUGAACUUGUAGUUGAUAAAGCCAUGGAGUUAAGGUUUGUGGGUGGCGUUUAUGGCGGCAACAUAAAGCCAACUCCUUUUCUGUGUUUGACCUUGAAGAUGCUGCAAAUUCAGCCUGAGAAGGAUAUCAUUGUAGAGUUUAUCAAAAAUGAAGACUUCAAGUAUGUCCGCAUGUUGGGGGCACUUUACAUGAGGCUGACAGGCACUGCAAUUGAUUGCUACAAGUACUUGGAGCCUUUGUACAAUGACUAUCGGAAAAUCAAGAGCCAAAACCGAAAUGGGGAGUUUGAACUGAUGCAUGUGGAUGAGUUUAUUGAUGAGCUACUGCAUAGUGAGAGAGUCUGUGACAUUAUUCUGCCCCGACUACAGAAACGCUAUGUGCUAGAGGAAGCUGAACAAUUGGAGCCUCGGGUUAGUGCCCUAGAAGAGGACAUGGAUGACGUGGAGUCCAGUGAAGAGGAGGAAGAGGAAGAUGAAAAGUUGGAGAGAGUGCCAUCACCUGAUCACCGCCGGAGAAGCUACAGAGACUUGGACAAGCCCCGUCGCUCUCCCACACUGCGCUACAGGAGGAGUAGGAGCCGGUCUCCCAGAAGGCGGAGUCGGUCCCCCAAAAGGAGAAGCCCCUCCCCUCGCCGAGAAAGGCAUAGGAGCAAGAGCCCAAGACGUCAUCGCAGUAGGUCUCGAGAUCGACGGCACAGAUCCCGCUCUAAGUCCCCAGGUCAUCACCGUAGUCACAGACACAGAAGCCACUCAAAGUCCCCUGAAAGGUCUAAGAAAAGCCACAAGAAGAGCCGGAGAGGGAAUGAAUAAUGGACUCAGUUUGAUUUCAGUCCAGAUGGCCUCCUGUGGAUAGGAGAGUAUCUGUCUAUGUGGAAGGAUUAAGAUUUAUUCCCUAGGCAGCUAUGAAAAUAUUUUAGUUUCUUCUUACCAAGUUUUUCACCUUUUUUUUUUUUCCUUAAAAAGGAAAGAGGUGCUGAACAUUGUGAAGAUACCCCUUUUUGAAUCAUAACCCACAUGUUUGGGAGAUAAUGUUUCCUAAGGGCUACUUUUGACCUGUUUUGUACACCCAACCUUGAUUGUAGCCAGACUGAAUUUAUGAGGGUAUGAAGGAUAUUGGGGGGGAGGGGUAUAUGGAUGACAGGGAAAGGAUGUGGCCAUCUGCUGACCCUUUUUUUGUUAUUAAACCUGACACGCCCGUUUCCCAUUUUUCUGUAGUUUAUUCUUUGGUUUGCUUAGCAAUGGAACUGCUUUGAGACUCCUAGGAUUUGUGCUGCUGUUGUUAGAUUCAAAGAUCAAAUCAGUAAAACAUACUAACGCCUCUAACUUUUUUUUAAACAGCAGGAGCAAGUGGUAAUGACCAUGUAAACUGACUAGUUAGCACCAGCUUUGCAGGAGCAAAAUGCAAUCAAACAUAAGGCUCCUUCUGGAUCACUUAGUCCAGAUUCACUGAACAGCUCGACAAGCAGUAACACAUAACAUCCUUUAUACAGCACAGUGGUGUUCUUCCCCAAAAGCCUUGAAUUCCAGGUCAAGGAGCUCACCCUGUCUUACAAAAGUGUUGACUUUAUCCAAGCCUAAUCAGUAAUAGUAGGGCAACAGAACUGAAAAAGGUUUAAUAGAGAGGGAAGUGUGUAAUGCCACUCAUAGUUCUGACUUAAAUAGAUGGACAGUAGUGCCAUUCACAACUUCAGAAAAUAUAUCAGGAAGAUACCAAGUUUUGGAGGGACCACAGAGUCGAGGGAGGUGGUGGUGAAAACGGUACAUUCAGUUUAACAAGUUUAAUUUGAGACAACAGUGGUAUAUUUGGAGUCCCUGAGUGGUACAGAUGGUUAAUGUACUUGGCUGCUAACCGAAAGGUUGGCAGUUUGAGUCCACCCAGAGGCACCUCAGAAGAAAGACCUGGUGAUCUACUUCUGAAAAAACCAGCCAUUAAAAACCCUUUGGAAUACAGUUCUACUCUUGACACACAUGGGUUUUUAUGAGUUAGAAUCAACUCAAAGGCAACUUGGUUUUUGGUAUGAUACAUCUAGAUACAGUCCAGACAGCUGGAAAUAUGUACUGGAGUUCAGCAUAGUGAUCGAAGACAGAACUGACAAAUGUUAGGUAAUUGUGGAAGGUGUGUAAUUAGAUGAGAUUGUCCAGGGAGUGUGUGUAAACAACAGAACUGUAAGCAACACCAACAUUGGUGUAAGGAGGAAAAGCAGCCACCAACUGAAAAGUGAAAUGAACCAUUCAGAAAGGUCGGAGAAUUAGGAGAGAGCAGGUCAAAGAAGCGAAGGGUCUAAGCAAAAUAAGGACUGAAAAGUAUCCGUGAGCAUUGAUAAUCAAAAGAGGGUAUUGAUUUUUACUAAAGCAGUUACUUCUACUUUCCUUUCCUCCUUUAAAAAGCAAAGAGUUAUUCCUUCAACACUAGUCCUAGCAGGAACUGUGAAGACGAGCUCCUCACAGGAUUGUUUCUUGGGAAGUCAUCAGAUCACAGGGUAAACAGUCCAUUAUUUGCUACUGAACUGAAGAAACUUAGUAGACACAGAUCCUUUACAACAAUAUUAAAGAAUGUUUGGAUCACAUUAGAACUCAUAUAUAUUCUUCAGUGAUUCCCUCAUGAUACUACCUGGGUUGGCAAAGGUUGUCCCUGAGAGCUGUUAUGUGUUUGUGAUGUAGCUAUAUAUAGGACUACUUUUAAAAAUUAGAUACAAGCUCAUCUAUUUAAGUCUGUUAUAGAGUACUAGCAGCUAUUUCUUUACCAAAGUGAUUUAGGUGGAAAGAAAUUUCUUCUGGAGAAAUGAUCCACAGGCCAGCCAAAUUUACUACAUGUUAUAAUCCAGUAUAUUCAUAAAAUUUUAAAACCUCACAAAAAAAUUUUAAUAGAAAAAAUAAACCUUCCUAAAACAAACUUUAAAGCACGUUUUAGACAUACGGUUAAAUCUCGACCAAAAUUGAGGCAGCAUAGCCAACCUAGAGCAGGAAGCAGACUGUUCAUAGUCUCUAAUUAAAACAGAGGUAAGAGUCAGUGGGACAUGUUGAACAUCACUGUAGAGACAGUUUUGAUAAAUUACAGAACUGCAGAGAAGAUGGAUCUUAAGGAUAAACCUUGCUGAAGGGCCAUUUCUGUCGUCUAUAUGCUAGCCUACUGGACGAGGCCUUUAAACAAUCACUUUAAAACAUUUUGACCACAACAUGUAUUAAGAAAUACAUUUUACAUCUUGCCUCUGUACAAACAUAUGCAUACUAUGUGCUGAAAUUUCAUGAAAUAAUUCUUACCCCUUAUUCAAAGUACACGCUUGACAUUUCCUAUUCGAGUUCAGUUUUUAAUAACAGGUGCAAACCACUAAAUUGAUUUCAUUUCCCACUGUUUGAAAAACACUGCUUUUUGAAGAGCUUUGCAGUGGGGCAUGAUGACCUCUUAAUGCUAGGAAAUGAAGGGAGAUGUGUUCCAGGAGCAGAGGAAAUAAUGGAUUUGGUGAGAAGGUAUCAAUACAACAACCCAAAUUAAUAAUUUCCCUAGCUCCUUCCCAUUAUUCUUCAGUAGCUAGACCUGAUUAAAAUUAAGCAUUAAUCAAAAAAGAAUGAUUAUAAAUGCCACUUCUGCUCCCCAAGAAAACAAACCAAACCCGUUGCUGUCGAGUUGAUUCUAACUCAAAGCGACCCUCUAGGGCAGAGCAGAACUGCCCCAUAGGGUUUUCAAGGAGCGGCUGGUGGAUUCGAACUGUCGACCUUUUGGUUAGCAGCCUGAGCUCUUAACCACUGUGCCUCAGGGCCCUAGAAGUUAAAGGAACAUGAAGUAAAUUCUCUACAGACUCAGAAAAGAUACAGCAGACAGCAUGAGCUGUUAAAAUUUUUUAAAUACAUGGGUUUAAAGGAGAUUAAAAGAAAAUAAACUGGUGGAACUUCAAAGAAAUGAAGAUUUUUUAAAUUGCAGAAAUUAAAGCCUUAUUAGAAGCUACAAAAUACAGAAGCAUAGAGAAAACAGGCAGGAAGAGAUAAGAAAUGGAAAAGAGUAAAGUGAUAAAAGCUACAGAGAUAAUGUAGAAAAUACUUGAAAUCCAGCACAUGCAAAGUAAUCUUAUUUAAAAAAAUCCUGAAUUUAAAGGAUAAAUUAUAUGAGCACCCAAGCAGAGAAAUCAAGUCUCUGUAAGGGGGAAAUAAGAUGACCUCAGAUUUUAUAGCAAACCUACUUCUCCAAGAGCUGGAAGGAGAAGAUAAACAUUAAAUUUAAAAGAAAAUCUUGAAUGCUCGUCAUAUUUUAACAAAAGCGUAAGUUAGGCCAGAUAUCUCAUUAACAAAGCAAAUAAGCUGAGAGAUGCUGAAGUUAUAACACUUGAAUAUAAAAGCUAACAGUAAAUAUACCUGGUCCUAACAUUCAAUAAACGCCUUUUCAGGCUGUAACUAGGGCAAGGAAAACCCUGAACUUCCUACAAUAGACUUAAAGCUUUGUCUCUGUUAGGAAAUGAUGGCAGGAUCCCAGGUACUCGAAGCAACACACAUCCCAGGAAGCAGGACAAAGACAAUACAAUCAUUCUGCACACUUCCAAAUACAUCUGUAAUAUCAUUUAGCCUAAAAUCCCUGGCAAAUCUGUUUAAUAAACAGAUUAGACAAAAUGACCUCUUCUGACUAUGUAAUACCAAAAUCAGCUAAAAAAAUCUCCUACCAACAACACAAGUCUGAAUUCCAACACUUCUGUAAUUACUGAUUGUACAAGCAUUACUGCUAACCAACUGGCAUCCUAGCAAAUUUGUUUUUUAGGGGGUAGUACAAGAUUCAGAAUGGAUAUACAGUCUGGCAUAUAAUGCUGUUGUUAGCUGCCACUGAGUUGGUUCCAACUCACAGCCACCCCAUGUACAACAGAAGGAAACACUGCCCGCUCCUGCACCAUCCUCACAAUCGUUA